AUGUAUCAGUUACGAAAGACCAUCGAUCUACAUUUUACUCGAAUUGAAUGCUCUGUACUUCGUUUGAAUGUAACUGAAUUGUAUUUUAGUGAUGUUUCUGGACUGGUUACUACAGAAUCCCGUGAAGUUGAAGAUAUUUCUCCUCAUUUCUCUGAGAAUAAUCGACCACAUCAUCAAAUAAUUUCAAGAUCGAACAACACAACUGAAAAAUAUGUAUCUUUCAGUGCCCUUCAGCGUGUGAUAACUGAUAGCACGGAUGGUUUUUAACAAACAUAUUCCCUGAUUAAUUGCAACUGUCACAACCAAUAAGACAUGACAACAAACUCAAACUUCCUUUCCAGUUGUCAUGCUUUUCUCACGCUUUCUAUUUGAAUUCGUCGCACAAGCAACACCAUUUAAGUGAUUAGCUGACCGAUCGAAUAUACUGCAAUACAUCAAUGAGCGCAUACCACUAACAAGACCAUUCGCAGUGAACAGUAUUUGCACUCAACUGAUGUCAUCUUCGCAAGCAGUAACAAUAUGAGUUCCAGAAUAUAAUUUAUAAUUGGUCUUCACACUAGCCUAUGAUGGCGGACUUCCUUCAUCCACCACAUCUAAACAGGAAAUUUUAGUUGUAAGAGUCUCCAGUCUCCUUUAAUUCACAUCGUCGAACUUUUCACUUGAUCCUCAUUCAACUGAC